UUAAAAUGUGUUAAUGUUUGAUUGAUUUAUUAAGGAAUCUAAUGAAUGGGGAGUCAACUUUAUGUUAAAUUAAUAAUUCAUUAAGUUAUGGAAUCAUCAAACUCAAAUCAACUAAACUAUAGAACUUUUCUAAUUGAAACUUCUACUGAUGUUUCUAAAUUUCUUGAUAAAUCUGAAAAUGAAGAAGUGUAUAAUCAAUACUCAGAUGUCACUCUUGUACUAAAUAAUGUAGAGAAUGGGUCUGGGAACUUUUAUUUAACAAAUCUGAAACUAAUUUGGCUAAAUUCCGACCUUUCAGGACAUUCAUACUCAUUUCCAUAUAAAUCAAUCAUGUUUCACGCGAUUUCUAAGGAUACAAAUUUGUUCAAAAAUCCUUGUAUUUUUAUACAAUUAAACGUUACUGAGGAGGAAGAGGAUAAUCACUCACUACUAUUAUCACCGAAGGACUUAACUCUAGUGGAGCCAAUUUUCGAAAACAUAUCAAAAUUGAGCUCAUUUAAUGAAACGUAUUCAUCUGACGAAGAUGACGCCAAUUGCGAAAUUUACGAGGAAUAAAUUUAAUUGUAAAAUAUUGUUUAAUCAAACUUGGCAUGCUUUCCGCUAAAAUAAUGUGUUAAAUAAACAA